AUGCCAUCCCAUCCCCGUCAAAAGCGGCACAUACGAUCCCGCACGUCAGAUGAAGAAUCCAAUAUCGGUUUGAUCAAGCAACACCCUACCUUGAGUCGAUCAACCACCUCAGCGACUAAUCAGAUACCUAUAAUAAAGAACCCUGAGAUAUCCAAGAAGAAGUUAAUCGGAUGGAGGGUCGGUAUAAUUAUUUGUUGGUUCAUAUCGGUUACUUUACUUUACUUACUCACUUGUUCGAAUUUACUUUGGAGAAAUACCUGGUCAGUCGUCAAAGUACAUCUACCAAGUAAUGAAUGGGGUUCGGUGGAAGGUAAGGCAAAGGAGAUAAGUGAUAAUGUAUUGAAUCUACCGACUGAAAGACAGCAAAUAGAAGAUGAUAACAAGGAUGAGGAAGAUGACGAUGAAGAAGAAGUGACUGAUGGAGGUUGGUUGACUGUUAACAUGUGGGGGUGGUGUUUGCAGGAUAUACCAAAGACUGAGAUCAUCUGUUCAGGUGAGAAUAUGUUAUUCGACCUGGAAGAGCUUUUAGGCGAAGAGUCAAGAUCAAGUGCUCCUUCAGGUGAUGAUUUCAAUUUUCUCUUAACUCAUGGACUGAUCAUACAUGGAAUCGCGAUGGUGACAGCAAUGAUUGCUAUAAUACCCAUUUCAAUUACCACUCUUAGGAUAAUACGUGCCAGGCAGCCCACGGUACAGAGUGGUUGGUUCGAACAUGGCACUUUGUUGACUGCUUGUACACUCUGCUUGAUCGCUUAUAUCAUCGAUAGAAUACUGAAAACAAGCGUAAAGAACGAUCUGCACGAUCACAGAGUAUUAUCAGGUCAAGCACUAACAGUAACGGGAAUAUGUACAAUCUUAUUGUUAAUAACAUUCCUCGUAUCGUCCAUUCCUCCGUUCUACUUUCAUAUGAAACGACAAUCUCAACUAGUAAGAUACUGGGAAGAUCUGGAGGAUUUCGAUGAGGCUCUAGCGGAUGAGGACGAGUCAGAGAAAAUGGAGAAAAGGAAAAGACCAAGAAAAGUAAGGAGAUCCAGGACCAAAAGGGCUGCAAGAGCUUUGUUUGGAAGUAGGGACAAUGGAAUGCAAAGAGAAGGAACGUUGAGUAGGUGGAGAAGUAGAAGGAAGAAGAGAAGGGAUGAUAGCUAUAGAUAUAGGGACAGACAUAGGGAUAAGGAGGAUGAAAGACGACGGUAUGACACGAAACGUCGAAGGAGAAGAAGAUAUAGAGAUAGUUGGUAG